AUGUCCGUCAGGAGUGGUAGUAGCAGGAGUGGAAGUGGAAGUGGUCGUGAUGGUGGUGGUGGAGGAAGUGAUUCUUCGAGAUCAUCACCCUCAAGUGAUAUGCCCUCUUCGUCAUUUGAUGGGACCCAUCUCUCAUGGAGGUCGUUCCGAUCUGAGGUACUAGCUCCUCACCGCAUUCAAGUUCUGGACGCACCACCAAAGGAACGGAUUCCGAGCUCAUUCAUUGCCAUUGUCGAAGCGGCCAUGCAAGAUACGACAAAAUUUGAUGACCAAAAAACGUGUUUCUGGAAUCAAGUCAAGACAGGUCGUGGAUUCGGCCCAUCACCUCUUUUCCCUCCAAAUCUUCUUCCACCAAUCGACCAGGAAAGUCGUCUUGCUCGUUGCAUGGUUCCCUCACUCAGUCGGGAAGCAUUACCUGACAGAGCAAUCAACCAAUUGGGACCACUCUACGAACUCUCCCUACCUCGUCCAGUACUUGGAUGUGGCUUCUCCGCAAGCGCCUUCACUAUCAAGGAGUUGGCCACCCUCCCUCAAUGGCUUCACGCAUCCGGAACCGUUGUUCAUUUCGAUACAGGCUACGUUUCUCCCAGCGCGACCAUGUACUGCCCAUUCCUCACCUUUGAGAGAGCAUUCGGGAACAGGGAGCACCGGGUCGAAUCAGCCAAUAAUCAAUGUGCGAAAGAUGGAGCUUAUACGACCAGAGCGUUACAGAUGUUGUACGUCAAAGCGUGGAAAGGAAAAAUGAUGCCGGAGUUACCGGUAUCCUUUUCGUGCACCAUCGACAAUAGUUUCGCGUUGCUCAACCUCCACUGGAUUGAUCGCGAUCAGACAUACUGCAUGGCGCCAUUGUGUCAAUUCGAUCUCAGCAAGGACGCGCACUUCAAUAAGUUUCUUGUUUGGACUCAAGCUAUUGGUGAAUGGGCAUUAAAUCAUGUCCUACCUCUUGUUAAGGAGGCUAUUAUGCGACUUCAGACGACCGAGUCAAUCCCUCAGAUCAUAGCACCCAACAACCCACGCAUGAAGCUCAGAGUCGAUACAGGGAUCAACAACAAUGAAUUAUUGAUGUCGUCGCUCAAAACCACGUUCGAAAAUAUUCCUUGGCGUUUCGACGAUGAAGAAUUCACGCCUGUGAGCAGUAGUACCGCAAGUUGGGGAAGUCCGAUGGUCAAUGAGCAGACAUUUGCAAACUUGAGUUAUCCUGCGGUCCAUCCUCCUCGAAGCACAACAUUGAGUGCGGCAGCACUUGCGAGAAAGCGACUCGCUGUGCCUGGCCGCAGUCCUAUCACACCUCCACCUGCAUAUCCACAGAAUGCAGAUCUGGCGUUGCAAAAACGUUUUACUUACGCCAUGGAUGAGAUUCGAGAAUUACAACAGCAAAUACUUGCUAUGAAGUCGGACUUCUCGGUCUCGCAUGAUUCCUUGAAGAAGGAACUCCUGUCUGAGCUUCAAGCGCCGCAGCAACAGACUGAAUCCAUUGAGAAACAUCCAGCAACCAUCGCGGUAUCCCUGCCGCAAGCGGUAAUUCCAAAACCACCGACUCAAGCAAGCUAUCUAACAGUCUUGCAAUUCUCUGUCAUCAUGCAAUCAGGGCAAUACCUCGCGUCGCUUAUUCCAAAUACAGCGUGCAAAUUCCUUGCUUUCGGGGUCGUCACGAACGUGUGUUUGUUGACUUUUAUUACUCCGGUAUCUCUCGCCACAUUAAGUACGAGACUCUCUUUAUGCCGACUGAAAUCAUGGCACCAGCAAUAA